AUGGAGGCCAAUGUUGUAAACAGAGGCAGAGCCAGAGCCAGAGGAGUGAGAGUAAGAGGAGGACGAUGGGGAGGACGAGGAAGGCCAAGGACAAUCAUUUCUGAUGAGAUCCGAGCAACUUUGGUUGACCAUGUGGUCAACCAUGGCCUAACAAUGAGGGAGGCUGGGCAAAGAGUACAGCCAAAUUUGAGCAGGUACACUGUAGCAUCCAUCAUCCGGACUUUCCGCAAUGAGAAUAGAACUGAAAGAUUACCAACAAGAGGUGGACGGGGCCGUCUUCUGUCUCCUGAACAGGAAACAGAGAUCAUGAACAUGGUUCUUGAAAAUAAUGCCAUUACCUUACGGCAAAUACAAAGAAAAAUAAUAGAAAACAAUGAGAUAUUUCAAAAUAUUGAUAGGGUAAGUUUAUCAACGCUGGACCGUGUCUUGCACAGAAAUAAACUGAGGAUGAAGCAGGUCUACAGGGUGCCAUUUGAGCGCAAUUCAGAAAGGGUCAAAGAAUUGCGAUAUAACUAUGUGCAAAGAGUCCUUGAGCUGGAGGUGGAUGCAGUGGAGCACCAGUUCUUCUUCAUUGAUGAGGUUGGAUUCAACCUCACAAAAAGACGAAGGAGGGGAAGGAAUAUAAUCGGCCAGCGUGCCAUUGUUGAAGUCCCUGGCCAGCGCGGAGGGAACAUCACAGUGUGUGCAGCGAUGACCGACCAUGGCAUCAUCCAUCACCAUGCUACCCUUGGCCCCUACAACACUGCCCAUCGGAUCACAUUCCUGGACACCCUACACAACACACUCAUUCCACCAGAUCAGAUAGACGGCCCAGAGCAGCUCAGGGAGUGUAAGGCGUUCAUCCCUGGGCUGGCUGCUGGAAAGCCUGGCUUAAUGGCAGCUAAUAUCUCCUCCGGAAAGCUGCAGCUGGAUUCAGUCUAA